AUGGAGGUCCUUGCGAGCUCUUCAUUAUCCCCAAUUUUCACUAAGCCCAAUACUUUAAACCCUAAUUUCUCAAUCCAGGUGAAAUUGCUUGUAUCUCAACCUUCAAAGAUAUUGAAAGGUAUCGACUUUAGAUACGCUCGAAACCAAAGGAGGAGUAAUGCAAACACAGGACUCGUGUUCGUGUGUAACAGAUGUUUGUGUCUUCUCGAAAGAAAUGAUCAUAGGAAGUUUUCUGGAAAGUUCAUGAUGAAAUCAUCAGUCAGUUUCAGAAAAAAUGUCUCUGUUGCAUUGGUUCGACUAGUUUCUGUUCUGCUUGUCUCCUCCAUUUCUGUCGUUACCACUGAUUCACCUUCAUGGGGUCUUAGUGAAGAGAAUCUUCUCUUCCUAGAAGCUUGGAGAACAAUUGAUCGUGCCUAUAUCGAUAAAACCUUCAAUGGACAAAGCUGGUUUCGUUACAGAGAGACUGCUUUACGAAAUGAGCCCAUGAACAAUAGAGAAGAAACAUACAUGGCUAUCAAGAAAAUGAUUGCAACACUAGAUGAUCCUUUUACGCGGUUCUUGGAGCCUGGAAAGUUUCAGAGUUUGCGGUCUGGAACUCAAGGUGCGGUUACGGGUGUUGGGCUGUCUAUAGGUUACCCUGCAGCAUCAGAUGGGUCAGCAGCUGGGCUUGUUGUUAUAUCAGCUGCUCCAGGUGGUCCUGCAAAUAGGGCUGGAGUUUCACCUGGAGAUGUUAUCUUAGGAAUUGAUGAUACGACCACAGAGACUCUCACCAUAUAUGAUGCUGCACAGAUGUUGCAGGGACCUGAAGGAAGCACAGUGGAGCUAGCGAUCCGAAGCGGACCCGAAACGAGAGUCUUAUCUUUGACGAGGGAGCGAGUUUCUGUGAAUCCAGUGAAGUCAAGAUUAUGUGAACUCCCUGGCUCUGGGAGUAAUUCUCCAAAGAUUGGUUAUAUCAAGCUAACAACAUUCAAUCAAAAUGCUUCUGGUAUGCAUUCUUUUGAUGUUAUCUUACAACAUUCUGGUUUACAACCUCUCAAACUCGUAACACUUAAUGUUGUAGGUGCGGUCAAAGAAGCAAUUGAGACCUUGAGAGGCAACAAUGUAAAUGCAUUCGUCUUGGAUCUUCGUGACAAUAGUGGCGGUUCUUUCCCAGAAGGAAUUGAGAUUGCUAAGUUUUGGUUAGAUAAAGGAGUAAUUGUGUAUAUUUGCGAUAGCCGAGGUGUUAGAGAUAUAUAUGAUACUGAUGGAAGCAAUGCUAUAUCAACCUCUGAGCCUCUUGCCGUUCUGGUUAACAAAGGCACCGCAAGUGCCAGUGAGAUAUUGGCUGGCGCCUUGAAAGAUAAUAAACGUGCUCUGGUUUAUGGAGAACCAACUUACGGAAAAGGUAAGAUACAGUCAGUGUUUCAGUUAUCUGAUGGUUCGGGCUUGGCGGUAACAGUUGCCCGAUACGAAACACCAGCUCACACAGAUAUUGACAAGGUGGGUGUUACUCCUGAUCAUCCGUUGCCAAAGUCAUUUCCAAAAGAUGAAGAGGCUUUCUGUGGAUGCCUUAAGGAUCCUACAGCUGCUUGUUAUCUCAAUCAAGGCCUGCUUUUCUCUAGAUGA